GCUAUUACAACCAAAGAAGCAAGUCUCGAAAAUAAAAUCCCUCUUUUCAGGAAAUCUUUUAAUUAGAUAACCUGCAAUGCUGACAGUUGCAUAAUAAAAUAGAUACGUUAGUCAUUACUUAUAAAAUUUUCAUAUUUUAAGUGUACAUUGUUAUAAUAAAUAAUUGUAUCAAUAUUUCGGAAUAAUUGAAUUAAAUAUGUGUUAGUGAUGGUUUUGAAUUUGACAUAAAUGCAAUUUCGAACUUUACUUUGUUUAAACUGAGUUCUCAUCAUGAAUUAUAACUUAAUAAAUUAUUAGACAGUGUUCAAAUUCCAGAUAGUAAUGACAACGUAAUAUUUCUGAUGAUAAAAAUAUUUUGAAUUUUCUAUCAUAUUUUCGAGAGGUAGCGAUAAUAUAACUAAUACAAAUAUGUGUCAACGAUUGAAUGUGCGAAAAGAAGUACUUCGUUUGUUUCUUUACGCUCUUGUUUGCAACCUAGCUUUAAUUAAUGGAGGAGCCAGUGUUGGAUAUUCCUCCAUAGUACUUCCAAUAUUAACGAGUAAUUUAUCCUCGAUAACUUUAAAUGCAAUGGAGAUGCCAUUUUUCGUUUCUAUUAUACCUCUAACUUCAGCCAUCGGUUGCAUAUUAUGCCUUAUUAUGCUGAACUAUGGAAGACGAUUUACCAUGAUAGUAUGUAGUGUAAACUUUUCUUUGGGAUGGAUCUUGAUUGCAAGUAGUUAUAAUGUGCUACAGCUCUUCAUUGGUAGAGCGCUAACAGGAAUUGCUCUCGGUCUUUGCUCACCUGUCAAUGAAAUUUAUUUAGCAGAAAUCUCUAUAUCUUCAUGGAGAGAAGUUCUUACGCUUACCCCAGGUACAGCGGCUUCCAUCGGAGUUCUAAUCGUUUAUUUUUUAGGAUUUGUUGCAAAGGACAAUUGGAGGCUAAUAGCAGCGUUUUUUGUCAUACCGUCGGCAACUCUUUUUUUGUGCAAUAUAUUGUUUAUUUGUGAGAGUCCUAUGUGGUUACUCUUGAAAGGUCGAAAGGAGGAAGCUAGAAUCGCUCUUCUUCAAAUCCGAGGCUUACAUCAAGAGACGGUAGAGUUCCAGGAAGAGUUUGCCAGUAUGAUAAAUUACAUCCAGCUGACAAGCAAUGCCAAAACAUCUCAAAAUUGUCGAACAGACCCUUCCUCGAGUAAAGAGAUUGGACUAAGAUCAUUUUUUACUUGGAAUGUGUGGAACAAACUGAAGAGUAUCCGGAGAACAAUCCUUUUACCAGAAGUGUGGAAACCAUUUGUGAUUUUGAAUUUAUAUUUUAUUUUUCAGAAGUUUAGUGGGAUAUAUGUGAUUGCAGCUUAUAGUGUCGAUAUGAUUACCAGAAUUAGUAUUACAAUAGAUCCCUUCUUGAUCACCGUUAUAAUAGGAAGUAUCUAUUUUGUAACCAUGGUGAUUACCGCAAGCUGCAGUAAAAAGAUUGGUCGUCGAUUAAUUUCAAUUAUCUCCGGUGUUGGCAUAUCAAUCUCUUUGGGCGGUUUAGCAGUGUAUCUGCAAUUUUUUGAAGACACUGGCGUUGUGGUUAUACCCUUCAUUUGCAUCCUUCUUUAUGUGGCAUUUGGAGCAUUUGGAUUUUUUUCAAUUCCUUGGUCGAUGAUUCCGGAACUAUAUCCCACCAAGUACAUAAACGUUCUUGGGAUACUCACCACCAUCUUGGCUCUUUCGUAUGACUAUGUUGCUAUACAAUUGUAUCCAUUAAUGGUAACGACUAACAGAAAUGCCACCAUUUACUUUUACUGCAUAACAGCUAUCAUAGCUACUGUUUUUCUAACGGUUGCGUUACCGGAGACACGAGGGAAGACAAAAGCACAGGUUGAAGAAGCUUUUAGAGGCAAGUCGCAGAUACGAAACCUUUAAAAAAAUUGAAAAUUUAUAUUAAAAUGCCAUGAAUAAAAUAAUAAAUAGUAAAACGUUAAUGAAGUAAUUUGUGCAAUUUAAUACAAACUAAUGCGAGAGUUCGUAAAUGAUGUAAACGCGUUAGUUGGAAAAUAAAUAUUUCUUUAAAAAAUAAA